GUUCGAGGCCGGCAGAUCGCUGCACGAAUUUUCGCACGCCACGCCGUGUGUGUCGGAAAAUUCCCCCCCUUCUCAAAAGCCGUGAGUGUGUGUGUGUGUGUGUGUGUGAGUGUUGGACCUGACAUUACGCGCCCGCUGCUCCCUGCUUCCAUGUGCGGGUGGGUGGGGUGAACCACUCCAGCUCCCGCGCCAGUCCGUGUGCGUUCUCUGUUUGUGUUUGUGCAUGCACACCAACAAGCACACGCGUGCGUUUCGGUGUCCAGUGCGUUCCUAUUCGCUUCGAUUCAAAAUCCACCAAAAAGCUCCAGCAAGCAGGUUCACGUUCGAAGCAGUGCCAGUGCCAGGAAAAGCCAGUGGAAAACCCCGGUGGCAUUAACAACGGCGCCCCACCGACGUCAAACAACGGAAAAGCAGCGUUUGGUGUGCUGCUUCGUAUAGUGCUGGUGGUGCUGUGUUUGUUCCGCUUCCGGUGAAGCACAGGCGGAAAAAUCUUCAGCUUCAUCUUUCCGGCUUGUGUGUCUGUGUUUGUGUGUCUGUAGCAGGACGGUUUGGUGUUUGGCAAACGUUCGGCAAAGCGCAGAAAUUUGAAGACAUCCGCAGCGAGCGAAACCACACCGUGAAGCGUGAUAGAAGCCACUGAAUGGCUGCGCGCAGACGAUUUCCAAAAUCCGAACCCGAAGAUCUUACUAUCAAACUGUUGUUGUGUGGUGUCAACCAAUGCAAGUGCAUGUGCAAAUCCAACACAAGUGUGUGAGUGCAAAAGGUGUGAACAACUGCUGUUGAUGAAAUAAUCACGCCUGUGCAGGAGAUUGUGUUACGCGUACCGAAAGUGCAGCAGCUCAGUGUCCUCCAUUUUUGACGAGGCGUAUACCGAACCUGGUUGGAGGCGACACAAUGGCCAAUCAAUUGUGGUAGCCAUUUUUUUUGUUGUUGGUGCUAUUUUGGUAGUGCGAAAUGUAACCACCAGCAGCAGUUGUGUGGCUCGUCCCGUUAGUGUUCCGUAGUGGUUCUUGCGACCGUGAGUUCUUGUAGGAGUAUUUCAAAGUAGUUAAAAAAAAUAUUCAAACUUCUACGAAGUAGUUACCGAAACAGUUUCUGUUCGCUGUGCACGUUCGAAGGCAAUGGCUACUAGGGUGCAAUAAAUUCCUCAACAAUUGUUUGCAUAUUUUGUGGCACAAAGUGUCUGUGUAAGAUGGUCCCGUAGGGCAGGGGAAACCCGCGUAAAGUGUUAAAUAUACAUGUGGGAUGCAUUGGAGAUAGGUGGAAAACCUAGCAGUGAGCAAAAUAAAAGUUGGCAAGAUCGUGAUCGUUUUAAAUCCAACUCAAAUAUGUACGUGUGUGCGUGAGUAUGAAUGGGUUGGUUAGUUCCCGAUCGAGUGAGUUUGUGCCAUACAUCAGCUAAAGUUGUGUCGAAAUCCCUACCACGGGUGCGGAUCGUGAGCGGAGGUACAAACGAAAGAUUUAACACAUUUGUGGAGUGUUAUCCAGGAGCGAAAACCUUAAGCAAGAAAAUAAAAGAAGAAGAAAAAAAGGUAUUGUUAAGCCAAUAUUGCACAAAACGGGCGGAAGUGCGAGAAAAGUGGUGGCGUUGCAAGUGGAAAAGUUUUUUGUUUCCCUUCCAAUUUCUGUUCUGUGAAAAUCGAGAAGCAUACGAUUCACGUUUUUUCUUUCGUGUGGGUUUGUGUGUCUGUGUGUGUGAUUGUCUCUGAUACGCGAGUUUGUGUACGAGUUUAACACGUUUACAGCGCAGUAGAUGUAAACACAGAAUAGGGCACUAGCGUCAGCAUGUUGAUGAUGGUUGCGGUGUGAAGAAAAAAGCGAGAAAAAUCGAAUGCAAAAGAAGUGAAAACCCGAAACCAAAGAAGCAUGGGUGCGUUAUUAAUGGUUGAAUAAUUCGUUUCCAAUUUCGUGUGUCGUGCCGUGUACCAAGCGUUUUUUGGGCAAAACCUCUAGAAGAGCUGAGCUGAAGUUUAAAAAAAAGGUGGUUGUUCGUGGUGAAGUGUGAGCCAGCAAGUGUUUUAAUUAUUCUGUGUCAGUGUUUCAUUGAGGGAAGGGUUUGUGUUGGCAGAGUGGCCCCGGGCGCCCCGCGCUUGUGUCGAUGUGUUGCUAGAGCCUCGGCCGUUGUUAGUUCGAUACUGAAUUGCUGCAGAUUUGUUACGACCGAUUUUCACGGCCCCAACGAUGGAUAUACUGCCGAGCGGGAGCAUUUUCCGGGAGCUGCAGAUCAUCCACGAAACUGGAUGCUUCUCGUCCGAGUCGUCCUUCGAGGAUCAAUGGCAACAGACAUGCUACGAAAUGGAACGAUACCUGAAGGAUGAGCCGAAGCUGCAGAAAUACAAGAAGCUGCCGACCGACACGCCCUGGGACCUGUUCGCCGCACCCGGGCCCCUAUCCGGCUCGUGGAAGGUGGAGGUCGAACCGUACUGCUUCGACGAGCUCAACCUGAACGACCGGGCGUCCGAUUCGCGGUCCGAAUCAUCAUCCUCCUCCUCCUCGUCCUCCUCCUUCUCGUCCGACGGGCCACCCGGCUCGAACGGAGCGACGAACGGCUGGCAGGUUGGUGGCGCCAGCCUACUCAGCUGCGCCGUCAUGGUGAAGAAGGAACCGAUCGACGACCCGGACGAUGAUCCCGAGUCGGACAGCCAGGACGAGCGCAGUGACAAGUACAGCAACCGCAUCAAUCCCACCACGGAACUAGCGAACCGGAGUAGCAGCAGUAGUAGUAACAGCAGCAGUAGUAGUAAUAAUAGCAGUAACCACCAUCACCAUCAUCAUCACAGCAGUAGUGGCAGCGGCAGCAGCACCAAUCACCACACCAGUCUUCAUCACGGUCACCAUCGGCAGGCGAUCGAGCUGCGGCUUGUCGCGCGAACGACGAGCAGCAACGAUCUGCUGCCGACACUGACGCCACCCUCCUCACCGGAGUCACACCUCAGCAAGGACAACUCGAACACCUCUAGCACGGCGACGGCCAACCCCACCACCACUACCACCAAUGGCAGCAGUUUAGCCGGCUCGAACGGGCUCAGCUCGAUCAAGAAGGAACCGGCGGGCGAAAUUGCGCUGCUCGAUCGUCAGGGCGGGCAGAUACUGCGCGUAUCGGCGGGCCCGCACGUGGUCCGAUUGACGGCGGGGGUGGCCGGUGCGAACGGCAAGAAUGUGGUGACGGGCGUGACGCGCGUGAUACAGGUCAGCCCCGGGCUGCAUGCGGCCAUCGCGCAGCGUAACUCAUCUGCCUCACCGAACGCGUCAGCACAACCGAGCUCGAAACAUCACCACCGACAGCAGGACCACAGUCCGGACGCGAAACGAAGGAUACACAAGUGUCAAUUUCUCGGCUGCAAAAAGGUCUACACGAAAAGCUCCCAUCUGAAGGCGCACCAGCGAACGCAUACAGGAGAAAAACCGUACAAGUGCUCGUGGGAGGGUUGUGAAUGGCGCUUCGCCCGAAGCGACGAGCUGACGCGCCACUACCGGAAGCACACCGGCGCCAAACCCUUCAAGUGCCGGCACUGCGAUCGUUGCUUUUCCCGCUCCGAUCAUCUUGCGCUGCACAUGAAACGGCACGCCUAAGCCAUUCGUCUCCAAAACCUUCCGCUGCCGUUCGCUCCGGCGAGUGGCACGAAGGCUCCAGCAGACGAAGACACAACGAGCAAGAGAGCUUUACACCAACGCAGCGGCGCCGGUAGGAGGAAAGCAGGAGAGGAGAGUUUUUAACAGCACCCCGAAUUGGAAGCAAAAGUGUGACGAUAGGCAAAACUAAACUGUGAAUAGUAAAUGUAGAAAAUCGAAACUGGGAAAACAAUGAACACACUAAUCACCAUUUGGCUUUGAAACUGCGUAGCGUGGAAAACCUUUCGCACUGCGACUCGGGAAAAAGGCUAUAAAUGCCAAACGUGCAUCACACUGCAGGGGCAGGCAGGGAGAUCUAUCUUUGGCUUACCCAAUUUCACCCCAUCAUAAUCACCAAAAUCAUAAAUCGUUCACCUUCGUCUCCGUUUAUCCGGUUAUCUAUCUCCCUAGCGCCGAUCAGCGUCGCAAGACGCUGCUUUCGUUUCGUUUGGGGACGUCCAGUGGAGCUGGAUGGUGUUUUGGGUACGAGAGAGAGAGAGAGAUAACAAAAAAGAAACAGUUUUUUUAACUGAUUGAAAACAAAACAAAAAGCGCCAUAUUGAAGCAUUGAAACAGUAUAGCAAACACACAAAAAGAAACAGAGAACAUUUUGAAGAAGAAGAAAAACCGCGCCAUUUGUGCUGUUAUAUGUUUCCAGAAAACCAACGUCCAAAUUGUAUGCUGUUGUACUCGGUAAGCUAACAGACUCACAUUUAUAAACAUAAGCAAAAUGUGCAAAAUGUAUUGAUUGGUUUAAGUAGCUUAAGUUUCAAAGUUCGGUUUAAGUUACCCAUGUUUUAAGAAUGUGUUCAGUAGGAUUUCGUUCAGUGUUACACCAUUCAGUGUAAAAUACCAUUGUAGUAUGUAAGGUUUACGUUCGUUUCUUUACAUGUUUUUUUUUAUUUGAGUUUGUGCAUCUUUUAUUGUGUUGUCAUCGAUAGUACAUGUUUUUGAAUAGUUUAAGAGUUUUUCUUUUUAAUUUUCUAAUAUUGAUUCUUUUUGUGUUUGUUUCGUAUUUUUGUUUUGAGUUUUACAUUUUAGUAGCCUAAAGAAUAAGUUUCACUUUUUGCGAAAUGAGUUUUACAAUGGCAAAAUAAUGAGUAUUUUCUAGUUAUGAGUAAAGUUUUAUAAGUUUUAAAUUUGAUUACGAUAACGAUGGAUAGUGCUUCCAAAACCGUUAUUUAUUUAUAGCUUUUCUUUUGUAUUAUUAUUCUGUUUUGCGUUUUUAAUCUUCGAAUAUGACCGUUUUUUAGUAAGUUAAUUUCUUUAAAAAAAAGUUUAAGCAUCGUUUUCUUCAUAAACGUGGCCAUUUAUUGUUAGUACGAUUUUCAUAUUGUUUCGUAGCUUUUAGAUUAAAUUUAAUUGCCAUUUAUAGCAUCCGUGCUUAUCCCAGGCGUACACUAGAUUUAAAAUAAUUCCAAAAACCCUUUUAAAAAACGUUAAAACAAGAAAGGAAACAUUUUUGUCCCAUUCACUUUGUACACAUGCCAAGAGAAGACAAGACGAACAGGAAACGAAAAAUACGAUCCAACACUUAUAAAAACAAACAUCACUGCCAACAUAGAAAAUACCGUAACCAAGUGCGCCGUGCAACUUGCGUGACUUUGAAGUGCAGGGAAAUUCGGGGAAAAGUAAGCGUUAGGUUUGGGGUAAUACAAAAAGGGGGCAAAAAGAAAGUCAAAAACGAAACUUUUAAAUCAAACUGUUGUAUCCCUUUCGUAUCAUUUCCCGUGGGGUUUUGGGUAGCAAACGGCAAGCGGCAGAUAUAGGGAUGCACUUUUUUGUAACUACAUGUUAUAAAUGAUCAAUUUAAUAGUAUCAAUCCAUUUCUUUCUUAACGUGCUAAUAUCAAUCAGUGUAUGUGUGCUUUCGUGCUGCUUAUAGCGAGAGAUAAUAUUCAUUAUUAUUCAGUGUUGAAACUAUUGUAAAAAGCAUCAAACAAUCGAUGAUAUGUUUAUAACGUUUGCUAAAUGGUUAUGCUAUGAGUUUAAGCAACAAAACUACGCCAUUUUAGUUUAUUUGCUUUCGGUAACUUCAUUGUAGGAGAGCUACACAUAAUCGAGAUAAAGACGUAUUAAGUACUGCUUUAUCUAUAUAAUGAUCGAAAAACAUUUAUUACUACAAAACACACACACUUUUCUUCGAUUGAGAUUGUACAAGAAAGAAUAAAUUGUUGGCAAAAUUCCCCCUCAAACAAACACACACACACAAUCACGACACAAUUUUACACUUUACACACCCAACGAAUGUGAUUGUUCCGAUUCCAGACGAUACAAAAUGCAUCAAAACGCCAUCAGUAUUUGAGUUAGGGUAUAUUUGUAAGAACGGUUCGAUUGCCGUUCUACAACAAAGACAAACACUUUUGAUACGAAAAGCAAGUUAUGCAAGUUGACCUGGCUGUAUGUUUAGCAAAAUUCUUUGCAAAACAAGGCAAUCGAAACAAAACACAUACAUGACGAUCAUACAGUUGCAUCAACAACAAACAAACAAAAAAACAACUAAAAACGAAGUAAAACUUUGGAAAAAAAACAUAACAAAAAAGCAUAAACCAAGAGAUAGACGAAAGCCACAUUUUGUAACACAUGAGUAUCACAAGCGAUCAUAAAAAAUAAAAACAACUUAAAAAAGUAAGCAAAACCAAAAACAGGCUACCAUCACCACCACAAUCUUACCCAUUUUAGAGCAAAUAUUAGAAUAAUUCUGACGGGCUAUAAGUAAGCAAUUGGAGCAACGCAGGAAUGUUAUCCGUGAACUGUAAGGUAGAUUUAGAUUCAAAAAAAAAGAAGAGAAAACCAAAACAAAAACGAAACACUGCAACAGCAAACUAACAAAUAGACAAACAGAUAGAAACGUAAACCUAAACAAAGAGCUCACUCACAACUAGCGCAAAACUGAUGAUAGCCAUGCAGUUAAAACCAACGCAACAAAGUAAAAAACAAAACAAAACAAAACAACGGCUAGCAAAAGCAGCGCUACCAUUAAAAGAGAAAAAGAACAGUGAAAAACAUGUGUCAAAAGUAGUAUUAAUCAAAGACUGGAUAAAUUUUUAACGUGUAUUUUAAAUGGAAAAAGGAAAAAAACGAACAAACUAACGAUUGUAUAAACAGCACAACAACUAAUCACACACUAUCACACAAACACUAUUGCAGCGCAAGAUGCUAAGCAGUUGAAACAUUUUGGGUUUCAAAUGCAGUUCAUCCCCGGGGGUGUUAAAAUCAACCUGCCAUAGCAAGGUGUGGACAAGUAUAUGUACGUGUGCAUGUGUGUGCAUGUGUGUGUGUGUGUGUGAAAAGUACGGACAAUACAUGCUAUCUUCUGCUCUAAUUACAGAUUCUACUUACAGCGAUAUUUUGUCAUUUUUACCUACCGUUCAAUGCCCUAUUUGUGCUGCUUGUAAACUCUUCUUCCUUGCGUGUGUUAUUUUGUCACACUUUUUUUUUAUAAUGAAAGCAAGAAAAAUGGGAAAUGUGGAUUUAAAUCAAAAUAAUGGCAAAGAAAAUUUAAAUUAAAACUAUGCACUAUAAAAGUUACACGAUACACACGCAAACACACCGUACAAUCAGUACACAGAAUCGUAACGAUGCUGAAUGUCGAUAGAGUAUUAGUAAAGCGUAAGGUAGCUUCAGCACAGACGAGAAAACGCAAAACAAUACACGCACAAAGGUGCAAGAAAGCAAGAAAAGUGAAACACAGAGCAAGUGUGUAGACAGUUUAGAUAAGAUUGGAUAUUAUAUAUAUAUACAUACAUAAAUGGAUAUAUAUAUUUUUUAAACACAUUUUUUUCCUUCAACGAACAGUAGUGUGAAAAGGAAACGUUCCGCAGCAACAGAGAGAAGCCACUAGAUAAUUUUAGGAAGAGACAAACCGAGGCAGAGGAGCGAAGAAAGAGAGAGAAAGUAAAGAGAGAAACCUAAAAGAAACUCACAACCCGAAAAGAAAAAACGACACGCAACGCCAAUGAUAGUGCAAAACAAAAACCUUUUGGCACAGCUAUGGUAAAGCAUUUUUUUUGUAUUCCUUCACAAAACGUAUAAGCAAUAGCAAACAGCAGGGGCAAAGGGAUUGUAUAGAGGGUUUACUUUAAAAACCCCAAACCCCGUUCCAAUUGAUUUUGAUUGGUGGUGGUCGGGUUAAGCAGGUGACGCUGGUUUCACUUUUUGGUGUUUGUUAGAAGCUUCGGUUUUUUGGCACCCGCCGCGCACACACACACGUAACAUCGAAGCCACGGGUGAUUUCAUUACGGUGAGCAACCAACGCAACACUUCCCUCUUGACUCCCGGGACGGGAGGAAGCCAAAGCUCAAAGCUCAAAUACCACCAACAGCAUAGACAAAAAGAAAUCAAACAAACAAACAAACAACACAAAACGCUCUAGUAUUUUUAUACUCGAUUCGGCACUCGUUUGUGGUGAUUGUGAUUGCAAUGAAUGAGGAAUAGGGAAUCGAAUUUAAAUCGACAACUGUGCAAAACGUGUUAAACUUUACCGAGGAAAGCAAAAUGAAGAAAAUGUCUAAAUGAAAUUAAAAUAAUGAAAACAUGUUCGUGAGCAAACCAAAAAACAAUAAAAUAACAAUCCAACAUAAGGGGAAAGAAUUUUAUACAGCUUCAUAGGAACUAGAGACAGAGAUCUUUAAAAAAAAUCAAAAAUUGCUCAACCACGCUUGGUAACUAAGGAAAACAAUAAACACCUCUCAGCGGCGACAUCACAUCACCUAUGCCCAUGGCUUGAACAGCACAAAAAAAAGAUCAAACAAAGAGAAAUGAAUAAACAUUGUUUUUACAUAAAAAGUACCCCAAUCAUUCAUCAUCGGUUACGGUUGUGUGAUAGUGGUUUGUAUACAUUGCGCUGUACCCCGGUAAAAAAGAUCAAAAAGUGUUGAAAAAAACAUGUGCAAACACACACACGCACACAAGAAAGAGCAAGAAAAGCAACAGAAAUGUGAACAAGUGAGUGAGAAAUGAAUGGAAUAGAGGAGAUUUAAAAAGGCAAGAAUAAAAAGGAAUAAAGCGUCGAAAGAGAAAAGCGUUUGAUGAAACAAGUAUAACAUAUAAAUGUAAAAUUAAAAUUUAGCUCAUACUUUGCGCUUCUUAACAGUAAAACGAUUCGUUCAAAACCUAUCGUUCGUAGGAAAGAGCAUAUGAAACCAAAACAAAGAAAGAGUUCGCCCUCUUGCAGACAAAAUUCAUAUCAGUUGUACCCGCUCGUGGAUUCAAGUGUUUCAAUUGUUUGGAUCGUUAUGUUUUGGUGUAGUUAAAAAAUGGCAAUGGCGGGGCUUACAGCUUGCACAAUUAUCUCUAGCUUCAAAAUGUUUAAAUACAAUUUUUAUCCAAAAUUUAUAGCAACCCUCAACGGUUGCGGUCCGUAGUAGAUGAGUUGUUCCGUUUUCAAAUAAAAUCAAUUCAGUACUUUGGCCACUCUAUCAAUUGCAUUUCGCUCGGUAAGCACCGACCGAGUUACACAGCAUCCUCUUGUUUUGUACACAUUUGUGUCGGUUUAAGCAGUGAGUGAAACAAAAUUAGUAUUGAAUAUAAAUUAUUAUAUAAUGGAAAUCUUAUUACGCAAAAAGAGAGAGAGAGUAAAAAACAAACCUCAACGUUCACUCGAUAUAAUCGACUCCAAUCGCCAUACGGAUUGAUCUUGUAUAGGUUUUAUUACUCCCAAACAUUACAAAACACAUUAUAAUUAGCGUGCUAGCCCAUUGUGCAUUGCGCAAGUGGAAAAGUUAGUAUUAAAACAGAAAAAAAAGAAAGAAACUUAAAAGCAUUGUUAUUGUGUCGCUUGUUAAACAAAAGCCCAAAAUCAACCAACCAAACAAAAACACGUACCGAUAAAGUUCAUUUGCUUGGCGAAUUUCGUUGCAUCGUUGGUACGUGGGUGUGCGGUGCGCAUUGCUCAUCCCAAGCGCACUGAACACUGCUGCUGAAGGAGAUUUGUGUCCUCUUUAUGGCAGGGUAAGGAAUAGGAAAGAAAUAGUAAAACAAAAACAAAAAAAAAA